AAGGCAACAUUCCCAUUGAACAGCUAUGAGGUGAGAGAGCCUUUUCAGUUUUAUUUUAGAUUGUUAUUUUCCAGAAAUGUCUCAAAAAUAGGCUAGUAGCUAUUGUUGACUUUGGUUGAAAGUACGAAAAAACAGCAAAACAGAUGAGCUGGUGAAGACUGAGUAGAUAUUAUUGUUGUAUCUUUCUUUUGGGAAAAUAGCCCGAUAAUUUAAGAGCAUUCUUUUUGAAUUUGUAUUGGCAAAUCAACGAAAGUGUGGCUGCUGUGCCUUGUGUGGAGCCGAGACUUCACAAUGCCAAGUAAAGCACAAGAGGAUGCUGUGAUCAACCUGAAGUCUGUCCAGGAGAUGUCCAGGGAGCUGGGGUUUGAGUGGACUGUUCUGGCCUAUGAGCUGGGCUUCUCCAGGACUGAGGUUCAUCAGUUCCAUACCACAUCCACAGAGAAGACGGUCCAGGCCAGAAGCAUGCUAGAGUGCUGGUAUGAGAGAUCUUGGGACAAGUCCAACAAGACCAAGUUGCUGCAGAACGGUUUGGAGCGUGCCGGGCGCCGCGACCUGGCUGAGAGGCUGCGUUGCCUCCACUGGGGCCACCAGAAAUUGAGCCGCAGAGUGGAGCUGCCCUCUGCCUUCCCCUUCCUCAUCACUGUCCACAGGACCAUCGAGAACCGUGACGGCCUCCGCCGGAUCAAUGACCUCAGCCGCAGAUUCACCUGAGGCAUGAGAAAAAUAUGCCUUGAUACACCUGAAAACACAUGGACAUACAGAUAUAUGUUACGCCCCUGAAAACAGGGGAGAAAUAAUCACAAGAGUGAUACGGUGUUGUAUUCUCAAGUCAACAUUUAGUUCAAUGAGAAAAGACCGCGAAUUUCCCCAGGAAUAUGCGUGGAGACCAGAGCAAUCGAUCUCCGGCUCAUAGAUUAAGAGCAUUUCGUAGAUCACAGAUUAACACUUUUAGGCACCACAAAAUAAAGUAAUCAAUAUAACGUUUACACAUUACUCUCACAAUUCGUACCCUUUGACAGAUUGGAACUUUAACACAAUUAUAUGAAUGUUAUCAAUCUCUAUCAACUAAUACUGAAUGCAUAUUUUUAACCUUAGAUGUUUUAAGUUCCUCACAUACUAUGAACUUACUAAUAAUUUUCAAUGUAUAACAGGCUAUGAAUAUGUCCUUUAACCUGUCACACUCUCCCCGACAAAAUAAAUGUUGUCCCAACAUUA